AUGAGAUAUGCGUCAGAAUUCAAAAGGUCCCCCUCGCAUCCCCUGAAGAAAUUUGCAGUGUGUGACAUUCCUCUCUACGAGAUAUGUGACUACAAUGUCAGCAGAGAUCGGUGUCAGAGACUUGGGUGCUGCUAUCAUAAAGGCAUCUGCUAUGAAAAAUCAGUUCCCACUUAUGUGAAAGUGUUUUUUGCCUUGAUUGUGAUCAUCGCCAUGGCCUUUAUUUUCACCAUUAUUUACAGAGUUGUUCAAGAGAGGAGAGAAGAGGAAGUCUAUACAAAAUUACCUCUGUCAUGCAAGCCCAGUGGUAAAGCUAAGGGGACCCCCUUCGGGAAGCAGGCGGCAUUGUAGGCUCAGACUGGCAAAGCACAGAAGAGUGAUGAACCCGAAGGGAAGGAUGCAACGGUGACAAUAAUGAAUGAUGAAGAAACUGAAGAUUGA